AUGGUAGGUUUGAAAUCAAUAGAAUUGAAAGAGAGCGAUGAUUUUAAAUCUGAUUUUGAAUCAAAAAAAAGUAAAUUAGAUUCUAAAGAUGAGGCUAACUUGUCAUUUUAUGAGUGUCCAACAGCAGCUGCGUCAAUACAAGGUUUCGGAGAAGAUAAUAGAUACAAUUCUAAUAGCUUAGAUUCCGAGCAAGAUUUUAACUACUACGACGGUCUAGGGAAGACCGAAUCUUUGCAAUUUUCAAACAACUCUGACAGUUUUAACUUUAGUGACCUGGGUACCAACUGCUCCGACGGAGGAUCAGUAUCAACUUCUCAAUUCACUAAAGCGAAGGGAGGCUACUUUGCGGGGUAUCAGGCUGUGCUAUUCGAAGGGACGCCGACUCUGAAGAAGGGACCCGAGAAGUUUUUGGAUGAGAAUUCGCUUAAGUUAUCCGACAACAAUAUAAAUUAUUUACAAGAAAAUAAACCAGAGUUAAACUAUUUACAAAUGAAGAGAGACUUUAAUAACACAGGGGUGGGAACUCCGUUUGCUUCUGAAAUUAAGAUGGACAACAACUUCGUGUCAUUCACUCCCAAUUUUACGUUCGCGCAAACUCCCACGUUUGAAGCCAGUUACUCGGGGCAGUCCAACAAGCAGGAAACAGUGAUACCUUUUACUGUAACGAGUGUGCGCUCAGAGGCCUCGAACAUGAAUGAUUUCAUGAAGACUGGGGCCAGUCCAGUUGGAAUGUCGCCUAAUGUGACCUUCGUCAACGCUGCACUGCUCCCCUCGAUUGCUGAAGGCUCCGUUUCAGAAGCCGGUUCUUCGGUAACAGGAAAGGGCUCCACUCUUUCAUACGUUCAGGAGGGGUUCGAAACUAUUGCGGUUCCCAAGUACAGACCAGUUGAAGUGGUCGAGAGGACAGUUGAGGUGCCAGUGGUCCACCACAUUGACACAUUUGUGCCUAAGAAGGAGAUUCAGGAGGUCGAGAGUUACGUGAAGAAGCCGUACACCAAGUACGUGGAUAAGGUGGUUGAGGUUCCCCAAGUUCACUACACCGACAAGAUUGUGGAGGUGCCCGAGUACCAUGAAAUCACUAAGACCGUUCCGAGGGUGGAGGUCCAGGAGAAGACAAACUACGUGCCAAAGGUUGAGGUCAAGGUGGUACCAAAGUACGUCGAGGUGCCAGUUGUUAAAAUAGUGGACAAGUACGAGGAGUACGAACAGGUCGAGGAAGUGGUGAAGCACGUUGAGAAGGUUGAGGUUGUGGAAGUUCCCAAGGAGGUGGUCAAGACUGUGGUAAAGCCCGUACGCAAAAUAGUGGAAAAGGAGAAAAUAGUGCCAGUCUAUGAGCAUCGUGACGUGCCGGUUGAAAAGAUAAGGUACGUGCCCAAGGUUGAGACUGUUGAGCACCUGCGUGAGGUUCCCAAAGUAGUUGACGUGCCUGUGCCCUACAGUGUGCCCAAGCACCAGUUCGUCGAUCAGCCUUACGUUGUUCCCAAAUACCGCGAUGUUCCAGUGGCGGUUCCAGUUGCGAAGACUGUGAAGCCUGUUUACGAGGACAAGGGCCCGACCAACUACGUCGACGUGCCCGUCCACAAGCCUUACUUCGUAAUUCAUGACCACCUUAACUUUAAGCCGGUCAACACCUUUGCAACGAACACCAAUGCUAACCCUUUUCAAGCCCCAAACCUGAACACCACGUUUGUCAACACCAGCUUCAACGUGAACCCAACUACGUUUGCUCCAAAUCAGCCCAAUUGGAACCCAGGAUUCAGCAACAACUUCGUUCCCAACUCCAACAACAGCAAACACUUCGUUCCCAACAACGACUUCAAGGCCUUUAACUCUGGAACCGAGUACAAGGACUAUCAGGAGGUGAGUUACAAGGUCGUUGGGAUGAACAAGGUCGACCUCGACAAGAUGGCCCCAGAGGAAAAGAAGAAGGCGCAGGAUAAGUUGAACGAGGCGCUAGCGAAUCCCGACUUUGAAGUCUACAAGAAGUCGCUUGAGGGCAACUUUAACUCGAAACCUAACACUGUUGAGACGAACUUCAACUUUGCUAACGCCAAUGCUGCUACUGCCCAAUUCAACAACUGGACCAACGUUCCAAACGCCAACUUUAACGGCGCUCCUGGGUUCAAUGGGUUAAAUGCUGGCAACUUCAGUGGUUUUAGCAACGUCAACACCGAUAACAAAGGCAACACCAACCAUCAGAAUAACCACAAUGCCACUGUCAACGACUAUCAGAGUGCUAACAACGCCACGGCCCAUCAGAACAGUCAGAGCGGUUUAACGGCUAAUUUUGGAAACAGCUUCAACAGGUCCUCCAGCAACCUCGGAAGCAGCUGGAGCAGGUGGAGCCAGAACCCUCUCAACAACAACCCUUACCCCAACUCUGCUGGCGGUUUCCAGGGCAGCUUAAGCAAUAAUUUCGGUAACAAGUAUAAGUAUGACGGUAACUAUUCGACCUCGCUCUCUAACUGGACUGACCGACUCUUCAAGUUUUUCACGGGCUCGAAGUCGCCAGCCUCAGCCAACUCCAAUCUAGCCUUUAACGCCGCGAACUCCAACCAACACUCCGGUCAUGUUUCUGCAAACAAAACCGACUCUUACCCUAACGCGAAGAAUCCUUUUGACGGGCUCAACACUCCCAGCUCCAAGAACAACUUCUGGAGCAGGCCUAGUUACAACCUUCUUCAGGAGUCCUUCCGAAACUGGAAGGUCCCCAACAUGAACUUAGACUUGGAGAGAAACACUCCCACGAACAAGAUGUUUUUUCAGGAGACUGAGAACCCCUAUGCCAAGUCUCCUACUGACCAGUACUACAUGAGCAGCGGCAGUGGAAGUGUCGGCCACCGAGCUGAAAAGUUCCCAGACAAGUCACAGGUUUAUCCCAGCUCCGAAGUCAACAGUCCCACUGCGUAG